GUGCCCUGGUGACCAAUUUCUUGACAUCAGAAAUGGACAGUUACUCUUAUUUGAAGAAAGUGGCCUCGGAGGGACACCUUUACAAUGGCUUUAAUUUGAUAGCAGCCGACUUAAGCACCACUAAUGGAGAUGUAAUUUACUAUUACGGAAACAAAGGAGAUCCAGAACCUGUCUUCCUAAAUCCCGGGGUCUACGGCUUGAGCAAUUCUUUGCUGGAUACUCCCUGGAAGAAACUUCAGUACGGAAAGCAGCUUUUUUCAGAUGUCGUCAAGCACAGCCAGAACCUCAAGAAAGAAGACUUGGUCCAGGAACUAAUUAAACUGCUGAAUAACCAGGACCCAGCGAACACCAUCAUUCUCGUCGACGGGGAAGGACACGUCACCUUCACCGAACGGGCCAUGCUGAAUGCUGAUAUCACCCAGUGGAAAAGCAGCACUUACCACUUUCAGCUGCAAAUAUAAUCACUGUCCUGCGGAUGAAUUGGAAAGGAGGAAGCAAAAAAGAAGAAGAAAACAAAUUGCCGGUCUGUCAAGGCAAGAACCUAGUCAGCAUUUCAAGAGAGAAGAUCCAAUUUUUACGUUGCCUAGAAUCACUGUAGUAUUCGUGGAAGGACAAGGGGAAAAAAAACCAAACACAUUUUAUGGUGCAUCUGUACAAAAUCCAGAACAGAAGCAUUUGAAUCAGGAAAAGCAGACUCUUAUCUUAAAAACAAGCUCUUUUUUUGCACAAAAGGAUCUGUGCUGGUUUUGGGGAGGAAAAAAAAAAGCACGUAUAUCUCCUUGGAGCGGAAAAUCCCCCCACAAUUAUUUAACUCGCUUAAUGAAAAUCCCAAAGAACUUUGGAGAAUCAUGUAUGGUAACACUCCUAUUUUUCCUCUUUUCCUUUGGCUGCCGAGAGCUGGAAGGCAAAAGCGACGAAAUGACAGAGUGGAAAACAAAGUCACCAUUUAGUAUCGGCAAUGCUGUGCUAUCUUUUAAUGUAGCAUUAGCUAUUUGUAAGCAUUUUGUGAUUAUAUAGAAUGUGGGGUGGUUGGGUUUUGUUUUUUUUUAACAGAGGUGCCUGUAAGAAUAAGAGGAAUUCUCUGUGCUCGCAGUGAUUGGACCGAUGGAAAAAUCCUUAAAAUCAGAUCAUUGUUUCUUCCUUCUUUUCCUGGCCAUAUAACAAAAGCUGGUGUGACAAAACCAGGUUUUGUGGUUUGGCCUUGUUUUGUUCUAGGGCCUCGACUUGUCGAUCAAGAAUCACGUUUAUUCCAAAUUUCCUUGGGGUUGCUUUUAAAAAUUACUUUAAAGAUCGAGCGAUGCUCUUUCUGGAGUCUGAAGCAGGAAAAGAAGGGAGAAAUAUAUAAAAGGGGUACGGGCCCCCAGGGCUGGGCUGCUGGGGAUUCACAGGGGUUCGAGAGAACCUCUAGCUAAGAUUCUAUG